UAGUUUUUCUAUCGAUAUAUUUUCUGAGCCGCACGGUAUAAAUCGCCGCUCCAAUUCGGUCACAUUUCCUGUUGGGAUAUGGACAGCGAUCGCACGGCUAAAAAGCUAAAGAUGUCGGUUUUACAAGAACUUAAGCAAGUCACCACAAUUGUGGCUGACACCGGCGACUUUGAAGCUAUCAACAUUUACAAGCCUACCGAUGCCACGACCAAUCCUUCUCUUAUUUUGUCCGCUUCCUCCAUGGAGCGGUACCAGCCCCUGGUGCAGAAGGCAGUGGAUUACGCCAAGAAAACCAAGGGAUCCGUGACUGAGCAAGUUGCCGAGGCCAUGGAUUACCUGUGCGUGCUGUUCGGAACGGAAAUUCUGAAGGUUGUACCUGGCCGAGUUUCCACUGAAAUCGACGCUCGCCUCUCCUUCGACACCAAGAAGAGCGUGGCCAAGGCCCUGAAGCUGAUCGAUCUGUACAAAGCCCAGGGAAUCGGCAAGGAGCGAAUCCUGAUCAAGCUGGCCUCCUCCUGGGAGGGCAUCAAGGCGGCUGAGAUUCUGGAGAACGAGCACGGAGUUCACUGCAACUUGACCCUUCUGUUCUCGUUCGCCCAAGCCGUGGCUUGUGCCGAGGCUGGAGUGACCCUGAUCUCUCCCUUCGUGGGCAGGAUCUUGGACUGGUAUGUGGCCAAUACAGAAACCAAGAAGUUUGAGCCCCUGAAGGACCCCGGCGUCAUCUCUGUGACCAACAUCUACAACUACUACAAGAAGUUCGGCUACAAGACCCUGGUUAUGGGCGCCUCCUUCAGGAAUGUGGGAGAGAUCAAGGCCCUGGCCGGUUGCGAUUUGCUGACCAUUAGCCCGGCGCUGCUCAAGGAGCUGGGCAAUGAGACCGAGUCGGUCAUAACCUACCUGUCGGUGAGUAAUGCGAAGCUGCAGGACAUCGAGAAGAUCACCGUAGACGAGAGCAAGUUCCGCUGGCUGCUGAACGAGGAUGCCAUGGCCACCGACAAGCUCUCGGAGGGCAUUCGAAAAUUUGCCGUGGAUACUGUUAAGCUGGAAAAUUUGAUUAAAACCUAUCUUAAGUAAAGUUUCCUCCAAGACUCCGAUUUUUGCCGCUGGCUGGUGGAGGAUGAUUGUGUAGCAAUUAUUUACACAUUUUGUACUUUAAUAAAACUUACAAUUAAAAAAUA